CCAAACAACACUUUGCUCUUUCUUUUCUGCAUGUGUCAGGGCACGCACAACUUUGGUGGGAUCCGGGUGGGCAAUGGCCCAACGGAGGAGGAUGCUGAGAUCAUUCAACAUGACCAGUUAUCUACCCAUUCUGAGGAGGGGGAAGAGCCUACAGAGGACGAGGUGUUUGACUUUGGGGACACCGUGGUGUACCAGGCCAUCCACACCAUCGAGUACUGCCUGGGCUGCAUCUCCAACACCGCGUCCUACCUGCGCCUCUGGGCGCUCAGCCUGGCCCACGCACAGCUCUCGGAGGUGCUCUGGACCAUGGUGAUCCACAUUGGCCUCAGUGUCAGGAGCCUUGGGGGAGGCUUGGGCCUCUUCUUCAUCUUUGCUGCUUUUGCCACGCUGACUGUGGCCAUUCUGCUGGUCAUGGAGGGGCUCUCAGCCUUCCUCCACGCUCUGCGCUUGCACUGGAUUGAAUUCCAGAACAAGUUCUACACUGGCACUGGGUUCAAGUUUCUCCCUUUCUCCUUUGAUAUCAUCCGUGAGGGGAGGUUUGACGACUGAGGCUCCCUCAGUCAGUCCAGCAGUGUUAAAUAUUUUGUGUGUGUGUGUGUUUGUGUGUGACUGACCCUCCCCAGCACCAGGGGUGUGACUGACCCCUCCCUGUGUGUCUGAGUUGUGUGUAUAGUGACAAUAACUUAUUGCAGCACCCUUGAGCGUUACCACGGCAUCCAAAAGCCAAAAGCUUUGACGUUCUGGGGUAACGACACUGGAUCACAGAAACUUUUUGUUCCUUAAGUUUACUCCCAAAGGUACCAAGUGCAUGAGGUGUCUGUUUGGUGUGCAGUCCUGUGCUCCCUGUAUUGUGCGUUCCUUGGCAGCUAAUCAGGGCAGAAAAGAAAUGGUGGCUGUGCUGAGGGGACAAAACAGCACAUGGAGAAAAGGCCCAACGACCUCAGCUCAAGAAGGGUGAGGGCUGUCCCCUGUCUUAUUGCUGGAGACAGUGGUGAGGAGUCCCCAUGCACUGGGACUCUGCUGCCUGACUGUGGCCUGGGGCAGCCUUGGUGCAGACUGUCACUGGUCACUGCAGGUACUGCCACUGGCAGUGAACAUUCUGGGAUUUCUGGUUUGAAACCAAAGCCCUCGAGGCACAUCAGAUUAGUGCCUGUGUGGGCUUGGCAUCCAUGGAGGCAGCUUUUGCACAAGUGGAUGCACCAGUGACUCAUGUCCUGUGCACUCAGGGUCUGCAGAGCCCUUUCAGGGAGAGCAGUGGCCCUGUCUUACCAGAAUGGCUCCAUGGCAGGGGGGUCUCUGUGCUGUGUCCCUGCAUUAGCUGCUGCUUUCUUUCCUGUCCGAGCUGUCAAUAUUUCCUUGCAGUCCUCAACUCGAUGUAGCUGUAGCAGCAGUGGGGUGUGUGUUAGUGCUGUGUGUGACUGUCGUGUUAAUUCUCACAGUGGAGCUGAGUGUUGUGUAUGAGCAGGUCAGAACAAUAACGAGACUCAUUAAUCUGGAAGCAAGGAGGAAAUGCUUCAAGAUGCCAGGCUGGUUAAAAUUAGGUGAGAAAGUUAUGUGUGCCUUGCACACUGCAGUGUGCACAUGCAUGGGGCACAGAGACCUUUGUGCUGCACCUGGGCAGCCCCUGGGCACUCACUGUGUUACAGAGGACGUGGUGGGGAUUCACAGAGGGGCUUGCAGACUGAAGGGUGAAAUCAAAGCGUGGCUGCAGGUGGAGCUUUGACAUGAGUCCUGUGUGUUCUGUUGCCUGGGUGCAAUGUUGCUGACAGUCGCUGUAUAAAUUAAAUGAACUCCACAACAAACA